AAACAUGUCAACUCCAAUCACACUCCUAUAGUUUUUCUGUCUGCCAUACCUUUCGAAUUUCUUGGCUCCCUGUAACGUCGUAUGCGCUCAUCAUCCUGGAGGCCUUUUGAAGGGUAUAAAAACCUUUCCCAGACACUUCUUCCCCUUCUUCCUCGUUCUUUCUUCAUUCCAAUAUCUUCUUCUCAUUGAAAGCAGUUGAAAUCCGCCAUAACUUCUGAUUUAUUAUCGACUCAUCCAAGCAGCUAAAACACCAUCAAGAUGCGAUUCACCUCCAUGUUCGUUGCCGCCCUUCCCUUCAUUGGGUCUGUCUUCGCAGCUCCUCUCGUGGAGAGCGCUUUGACUCCUGUUACUUCGGACUUGACCAAGAAAGAUGUGGACGUCCUUUCUGUUAUCACCGAACUCCAAACCAGGGUUAAUGCUGCUGGUUCUAUCGGUCCUAACUCUGUCGAGGCUGAAGUUACUGCUUGCCUCAAUAUCGUGAUCGAUGCGUUCAACUGGUGUGGUAACGAGCUCGGCAUUGACCUUUCGGUUGGCGUCAGUGCUGGUGUCUCUUUAUUCAGUCGUGACGUUGUCAUUGCUCGCGACACCGACAAGGAGCAGGUUGCCCAAGCCCUGUCCAACGUAAUCCAGACCGUCAACGUGAACAUUAUCCAGCCUAUUCCUCCGUAUAUUGCCCACAAAACCACUGUGUCCAAGCUUCUCUACCAGAUUGACGACUCUCUCACGUUGAUCCUCAAAGGUGUCGAUUCCCUUGUCGCUGGUGUCCUUAAACUCGUCAACUCCCUUCUCAAGGAUGUCGGCCUUAUCCUAAAGUCACUCCUUGGUGGGUUUCUUUCUAUUCUUUAAGUCCCGUUAUCAAAAUUGAAGAGUGCGGAUUCCAUAGUAUAUCUCGACAGUUAGUUAGUGGAUCGGUCUUAUAGUUAGUGUUAAAUAUCAUAUAUGCCAUGCAGUAUCCAGAUUGCUC